AUGACAGAGAAAGGUAGAGAAUAUGUCUGUUCGUUGAAAAGAGAAGCGGCCCUCGAUAUCAAGGAAGAGUUGAAAGAACUGUUUAAUUUUGAGAAAAAGAUUGCAGAUUUCAAUGGUGUUGUUGAACUUAAUAAACAAAUAACAUUCUUAUCAGGGAAAAUGAAUUUUGUUAGCAAGGCCCUUGAUGAGUGAUUGAAAUUAUCCUUAGAUGAGAAUGAAAUUCGCGAAGUCAUAGAAAUGCGUACAUUUCUGUCCGAUAAAUUGUUGAGCACUCAGAGCUGGGCUCAAGAAUAUGCGGUGAAGUUUAGUCAGCAAAAGCAAGAAACAAUUUCUACAACAUCUCGACGAAGUAAUAGCAACAGCAGUCAUAUAGACUCCUUAGUUAACCUUAAAGCAAGAAAAGCAGCUUUAGGAAAAAGAAUGCAAUAUUUUCAGUUAAUAUCAGAGCAGAAACGCAAACUUGAGCAGCUAAAGAUGAAGGAGAAUUUGAGGAAUUCUCAGCACAAGAAAGUGUGUAUGAAACGCUUACUGUAACAUGAAGCAUUUUGGGUACCAUUUCGAAUCCAGCCCUGUCCACAGAGAAAUACAAUAUCAUGUCCACCUUUCUUGAAGAAGCCACCAACAUAGCCAGCAUUCCCACAGAAGAAAGAGUGCCUGAGGCCAAAGUGGAACCAGAAGAGCCACGCUCAGAACAUCCCUUUCCCGAGGCACUGAUCCAAUCUGCAUACCAACCUGCUGAGGAUCGACCGGAUUCAUCCCACUUCAAGUGCAACACCCUCUCCACGCAAACAGUCCCCACCUCAAGUGCAACCCCCAAUCCACACAGUACAACCACACCUCAAGUGCAACGCCUUUUCCAUGCAGACCAGCCCCAACCUCAAGUGCAACGCCCUUUCCAUGCAGACCAGCCCCAACCUCAAGUGCAACGUCCUCUCCAUGCAGAACAGCCCUCUCCUCAACUGCAGCCCCUAUUCCAAGUGCAAACCCCACUCCACACAGUACAACACCCACCUCAAGUGCAACCUCCACUCCAUACAGUACAACCCCCACUCCACACAGUACAACCCCCAACUCAAGUGCAACACCCUCUCCACACAGAACUGUCCCCACCUCAAGUGCAACCCCCACGUCAAGCGCAAUCCCCACACCACACAGUACAACCCCCACCUCAAGGGCAACGCCCUCUUCACGCACAACAACCCCACCUGAACUGCAGCUUCUAUUCCAAGUACAACCCCCACUUCACACAGUGCAGCAUCCACCUCAAGUGCAAAGACCCCUCUACGCAGAAGGCGCAAUAGCCCCCAGCCAACUGCAGCCCUUAUUCCAAGUACAACCCCCCAUUCCACACAGUGCAGCCCACACCUCAAACACAGCCACCACUCCACGCAGCUCAGUCCCCACACUAUGCAAGCAACCUAUCCAUUCCAUUUAAUUCCCAGGUGCCCUUUGGAGCCAGCCGAAUCUCCACCCAACAUCAAUGACUCUUCACACCACACCACCACAAGAUGUAUCGAAUCAGAUAGCUGACGCCCAUAGGCAUAACCCAACGGCAGCGUCUUCCCAAGAGCAAACCAGGGAUCUUCACGGGAUCGGAAGAAGAUAAAACCAGUUUCUUCCUGUGGCAAAAUGCCUAUGAUGCUUUAGUAGACUCUGUUCACAUACCUGCCAAGCAAAAGUUGUACUUAUUAAAUCAACACUUUGCCGGAAAAGCGAAAAAAGUUGUCGAGCAGUUGCAAUACAUGGUUGAACAGCCAGAGGUUGCUUAUACUGAGGCUCGGAAGAUACUUAAAGAAAGGUUUCGGAAUAACGCGAUCAGAAGGCUGGAGAUACAAGCAGGCGCCGCCCGCCUGCAUCCUUCAUUACUUCUCUUGCAUCUUCAGUAUAUGAAUCAGGCUCUCACGAUUCGCCACCAUCCGAGAAACACGACCCAUCUAAAUAUCUUAGACUAGCUACUAAACCAACGAUGUCCUGUUUCUACCACGAAAGAUCUUCUCAUUCUUUAAAGGACUGUGAAAAGUUUCAGAAGUUAAGUUUUCGUGAGCGCAUGGAAUUUAUAAUGUCCCAUCGGAUUUGUCUAAGGUGUGUAAACUCGGACAAGCACAUUGCUAGAAACUGUGACCAAAAGGAAGUAGAAUGCAAGAUUUGCAAACGGAAACAUCCCACGUUUCUUCAUAAUCCAGCAAGACAUGACAAUAAUAAUAAUGAUGACCAAGUAAAGACUUCUUGUACGAAGGUCUGCGGGGAGAAUCAAGCGGGACGAUCCUGUGCCAGAAUUGUCCUUCUUCAAGUAUUCCAUCAGGAUGAUACCCACCUACGCUGUAUUAGACAAUCAGUCUACCGAUGUCUUUGUUACAGAUGCCUUGUUAGAAAAGAUUAACACUGGCGGCCCUCAAAUUUCGCUUGAAGUCAACACCAUUGUGGAAGUUAACAGCAUCCAUACCCGUAAGGUAUCUGGUCCAUGCGUGCAAGACGUCGAAGGUCGACAUCAACCCAUGAAAGUGAACUAUGCUUAAUUAAUCAAGAGAAGAUAUACUAGCAGAUAAGUACGACAUCGCAACACCCGAAAUUGCCCGCCGGUGGAACCAUCUGCGAGAGAUUGCACAUCACAUUUACUACCGCCCUGACGUAGAAAUCUGGAUGCUUAUAGGCCGUAACGUUCUCACUGCAUUCCAGCCGCUUAACAUUAUCUACGGGAAAGAAGAUGAGCCGUGGGCAGAGCAAUAUAAAUUUGGAUGGACAAUAAUUGGAAGAAUAUGUCUAGACAACAACCCAAGCAGAAAUAAGGCAACAGUGAAUUGUGUCUCUGUCAAAGACAAAGAAGAUCGUCGUGAAACCAAACUGGAAGACCACGCACGUGUCGUAGAUAGCUCCCGGAGUAAAGACAUGACGUCACCGAAAGAGAUAAAAGAAAUGAUGCAAUGGUCGAGGUUGAGAGUAAUCAAGCGGGACUUGUAG